UCGGCCUCCCAAAGUGCUGGGAUUAUAGGCGUGAGCCACCGCGAGGAGUGGCAUCGCCUGGACACUGCACAGUAGAAUUUAUAUAGGGAUGUGAUGUUAGAGAACUACAGAAACCUGUUCUUCCUUGGUAUUGUUGUCUCUAAGCCAGACCUGAUCACCGGUCUGGAGCAAGGGAAAAAACCUUUGACUAUGAAGAGACGUAAGAUGAUUGCCAAACCCCCAGUUGUAUGUUCUCAUUUUGCCCAAGAUCUUUGGCCAGAGCAGAGCAUAAAAGAUUCUUUCCAAAAAGUGAUACUGAGAAGACAUGAAAAAUGUGGACAUGAUAAUUUACAGUUUAAAAAAGGCUGUAAAAGUGUGGAUGAGUAUAAGGUGCACAAAAUCGGUUAUAAUGGACUUAACCAAUGUUUGACAACUAUCCAGAGAAAAAUAUUUCAAUGUGAUAAAUAUGUGAAAGUCUUUCACAAAUUUUCGAAGUCAAACAGACAUAAGACAUACUGGAAAAAAAACUUUUAAAUGUAAAUGUGGCAAAGCUUUUAACCAGUCCUCAACCCUUACUACACAUAAGAAAAUUCAUACCAGAGAGAAACACUACAGAUGUUAA